AUGGAUUUUACACUGAAACGCUCAGAGGCGCCUCAAGACUUCUCUCAAGAUCUCAUCUUUCUCCUUAAUACAGGUUUUAGCCCAUCUCGCUUCGCUGGAGGUGGCGGAGGACGGCCCGAAAUUUAUAGAUCUGCACUGGGCCUGAACAACACAAUCCCUGGUAGCCUGAUCAUGUAUCUUCCGCACACGAGGCCAAAGGAUAACUGCCUUGCAAUAAUUUGGUUGCAAAAUCAUAUCCUUCGGCAUGUACUCGAGAUCUACACCCGGAUCUACGAGGAGGUGAAGAUCGGCAUCUGUAUGAACCUCAAGGAUCAUCGGGUAGCGCUGAAAACCCAGACCGACACCCCUGAUGUCAGCAAACUUCAGAAUUGUACAUACUUUGCCCACAAUUUCAUGCUAGGGUUCGACGUGAUUAACUCCAUGGCCCUUCUUAGGAUGGACGAGUUGUACAUGGUGUCCUUUAGAUGA